UGAUUCAUACUACCGUUAAUAGUUUUCUUUCUAUUUUGUUUUGUUAUAUCAUUCACAAGCAUUCGGGGCAGCUACAGUAAGAUUAAGUAGGUAGAAAGAAGUAGGGGAAGUUAGUUUGGCACUUGAGAUAACGCCACAGCAACUGAUAAAAUUGCGAACAGAACGCUAGCUUUAGUGAACAUAGUAUUCAGUCUGAGCUGUUUCAAUCGUUCACUAGUUAUUCUCCCUAGAUUCCAAAAUGAGUGAUGAGCAUAAAGGUAUUCGCUGUGACUAUUGCCAGGAGGACAACUUCACUGACAUUCGGUACGCUUGUCUGGUGUGCGAGAAUUAUGAUUUAUGCGAGACAUGUUUUGAAGGACGACAUUCCAACUUGUUGCACAAGCCAUACCACCCAAUGCAACAGAUUCUGACAGAAGAAGAAUUUUCCAAAAGGCUAGAUGAAAGUGAGUCGGAGGAAGUGUACACAUUUCGCUGUCCAUAUUGCGGCGAUGACGGCUUCACCGCUAGCAAUCUGAUCGCACACUGUGGAUCUUAUCAUUAUGAAGGUGGGCAUCCGGUGCGAUGCCCAAUUUGCCUUGUAUACCAAAGGGUUAAUGUACGAUUCCUCAACAAUACCUUUUACCAGCAUGUGCAAAAUCGGCACCAUGAAUACUGCACUCCAGCGGAAGAGGUUUCGAAUUCCAACGAAGCACAAGAAUGUCCUAUCUGUAUAGAGCAAAUGCUGUCGGAUUAUAAUAUUAGGUAUCUUUCCUGCACACAUCAAUUCCAUUCAGAAUGUAUAAAUGUAUGGCUUCAAAAUAAUUCUAGUUGUCCAGUAUGUAGAAUUGUAGUAGACUAAUUAAAAUGAAUUCAGAGAAUAUAUUUUCAUGAUUUUUGCUCGUUUUUUUAAACACCAGAUAA